AAAAGGCCCAAACAACAAUAAAACCUCCAUUCGUGGGUGCGCUCCCGAGUCCCGCCCCCGCGAAAAUCUGCCGUUUCUUUUUCCCGCCAAUACCAAACACAACCAUUUCUCCAUAAUCCAUACAAUAUAAACUCACUUCCACUAAAAUCAUUUCCAAUUCAACAUUCAAAUACCCUUUUUUCACUGCUAAUUUUUCUAGGAAUUUGCAAAAAUGGACGACGAUUUGCAUUUCCAGGACCAGAAUAAGCUCCCAGAACUCAAACUCGAUGCAAAACAGGCUCAAGGGUUUCUGUCAUUCUUUAAAACCCUACCUCAGGAUUUGCGGGCUGUGCGGUUUUUCGAUCGUCGGGACUACUUUACUGCCCAUGGAGAAAAUGCAGCUUUUGUCGCUAAGGUUUAUUACCACACUACUACAGCCUUGCGGCAAUUAGGUAGUGGUUCUGAUGCCCUAUCCAGUGUAACUGUAAGUAAAAGCAUGUUUGAAACAAUUGCCCGUGAUUUACUUUUAGAAAGGACAGACCACACGGUUGAGCUAUAUGAGGGUAGUGGCUCUAAUUGGAGACUUGUGAAGAGUGGAAGUCCAGGAAACCUAGGCAGUUUUGAAGAUAUUCUGUUUGCCAAUAAUGAAAUGCAGGACUCUCCUGCAACUGUUGCAUUGUUACCAAACUUCAGGGAAAAUGGUUGCACAGUUGGACUGGGUUACGUUGACCUUACUAAGAGAGUUGUUGGUUUGGCUGAAUUUCUUGAUGAUAGCCACUUCACAAAUGUCGAAUCAGCUUUGGUUGGGCUUGGUUGCAGGGAAUGCCUACUCCCUGUGGAUGCUGCUAAGUCUACUGAAGGAAGGGGAUUGCUUGAUGCAUUAUCAAGAUGUGGUGUGAUGGUAACCGAAAGAAAAAAAUCUGAGUUUAAGGCACGGGAUUUAGUGCCAGAUCUUGGAAGACUUGUCAAAGGUACAAUUGAGCCAGUUCGUGAUCUAGUUUCAGGACUUGAAAUUGCUCCUGCUGCUUUGGGGGCUUUAUUAUCUUAUGCAGAAUUACUUUCAGAUGAAAGCAAUUAUGGAAAUUUUACUAUCAAGCCUUAUAAUCUUGGCAGUUACAUGAAGCUAGACUCUGCUGCUAUGAGAGCAUUAAAUGUUAUGGAGAGCAAAAAUGAUGCAAACAAAAAUUUUAGUUUGUUUGGUCUGAUGAAUAGAACCUGUACUGCUGGAAUGGGAAAACGUUUGCUUCACAUGUGGUUGAAGCAGCCUUUAUUAGAUGUGAGUGAAAUAAAUGCUCGGCUGGAUCUUGUACAAGCUUUUGUGGAGGAUAUACAACUUCGUCAAGAACUUAGGCAGCAUCUAAAAAGAAUAUCUGAUAUUGAACGAUUAUCGCGCAAUCUUCAGAAGAAAAGAGCUGGUUUACAGCAGGUUGUGAAGCUUUAUCAGUCAAGCAUCAGACUUCCAUACAUUAAAAGUGCACUCGGAAGGUACGAUGGGCAAUUUUCAGCAAUACUCAAGGAAAGGUUCUCAGAACCCCUUGGAAUCUGGAGUGAUGAUGAUCACUUAAACAAGUUUGUGUCCCUUGUUGAGACUUCAGUUGACCUUGAUCAACUUGAGAAUGGUGAAUACAUGAUUUCAUCUGGUUAUGAUUCAAGGCUCCUUGAACUGAAAGAUGAGCAAGAGUCACUUGAGGGACAAAUAGACAGUCUUCAUAAACAAACUGCCGAUGAUCUUGAUCUGUCUGCUGAUAAGGUGCUAAAGUUAGAGAAGGGUACACAAUUUGGACAUGUUUUUAGAAUCACGAAGAAGGAGGAACCAAGAAUUAGGAAAAAGCUUACCACACAGUUUAUUGUACUUGAAACACGAAAGGAUGGUGUCAAAUUUACAAAUUCGAAACUCAAAAAAUUAGGGGAUCAGUAUCAAAGGAUACUUGAUGAGUACAAGAACUGCCAAAAGGAAUUAGUACAGCGAGUGGUUCACACUGCUGCUACCUUUUCUGAGGUAUUUGAGUCUCUAGCUGCAUUGCUAGCUGAACUGGAUGUGUUGCUUGCCUUUUCUGACUUGGCAACAAGUUGUCCUACUCCCUAUACAAGACCAGAUAUAACUCCAUCUGAUGUUGGAGAUAUCAUAUUGGAAGGCAGUAGACACCCCUGUGUGGAGGCGCAGGACUGGGUGAAUUUCAUACCAAAUGACUGUAAACUUGUCAGAGGUCAAAGCUGGUUCCAGAUUAUCACUGGACCUAACCUGGGUGGAAAAUCCACUUUCAUUAGACAGGUUGGUGUUAAUAUUUUGAUGGCACAAGUGGGAUCUUUUGUUCCUUGUGACAAAGCCAGCAUUUCUGUACGUGACUGUAUAUUUGCUCGUGUUGGUGCUGGCGACUGCCAACUGCGAGGAGUGUCCACUUUUAUGCAAGAAAUGCUUGAGACUGCAUCAAUUUUAAAAGGAGCAACUGACAAGUCGAUGAUAAUAAUUGAUGAACUGGGACGCGGGACGUCAACUUAUGAUGGAUUUGGCCUAGCUUGGGCAAUUUGUGAGCACAUUGUUGAUGUCAUCAAGGCACCAACUUUGUUUGCUACCCACUUUCAUGAACUCACGGCAUUAGCUCAUGAUAACAGAGGGGGAGAGCCUUCAAAUAGAAAGAUUGUUGGUGUAACAAAUUACCAUGUCAGUGCGCACAUAGAUUCGUCAAGCCGCAAGCUAACAAUGCUGUACAAGGUCGAACCGGGGGCUUGUGAUCAAAGUUUUGGCAUUCACGUUGCAGAGUUUGCCAAUUUUCCUGGAACGGUUGUAUCUCUUGCAAGAGAAAAGGCUGCUGAGUUGGAAGAUUUUUCCCCUGUCACAAUUAAUGCUGAUGAUAUUUCAAAAGAGAUGCGAGGAAAACGGAAGAGAGAGUUUGAUCCUGAUGCUGUCUCUGAGGGUGCAGCAAGGGCUCACCGGUUCCUGAAAGAGUUUGCUGAGCUACCGCUAGAACAGAUGGACUUGAAGCAAGCAUUGCAGCAUGUGAAUAAAAUGAAAAGUGACUUAGAAGAGGAUGCAGAAAACUGCCAUUGGUUGAAGCAGUUUCUUUAGUUUUGCGCUCAUCUUAGCAUCUCCAGAAUUUUGUUCAUAUUUGGUAGGUGCGUAUAAGAGUUAAGUGCUCAUGAAAAGAAAAAGGCUAAAUGGAGAACUUGCUCUCAACCAAUCAGAGAGGAGGAAUUAGUUUGGGCCCAUAUCAAAUGGAUUUACCCAAAUGUUAGCUUCACAUGUUUGGUGCAUAACAAUUCUCCAAAUAUCCGGACCUAUUUUCUUGAGAGGAUAUAUUCGAACUUAUCUGGAGAUAUAUGGCACAAGAUGAUGUUUUGACACUCUUUCCACCUUUGAAGCAUCAGAUUCAGGCUUGACAAGCCAAAAAAUAUUCCAAGUUUCUAGAUCCUCGUUCAUUUUUGGAAAAUAUACAGGUGGGAAUAUGAGUUGUACCGAGGAUAUAGAUGUAGUGUAGCCAUGUAGUUAUAUGUUUCAUGAUCUUUUGCCUUAGUAGAUGAAGAGAUGGCAUAAUGAAAAUGGUAAUUGUAAGAUGUAAAUACUAGUUUUUUUUUAAAAAAAAAUGGAGUACAUCGA